AUUUUAAUGUUCAUACAUCUCUUUGUGCUUAAAGAUGCCUGAGGAUCAUCCAAUGGAGGAGACGGAGACCUUUGCCUUCCAGGCUGAGAUUGCUCAGCUGAUGUCCCUGAUCAUCAACACCUUCUAUUCCAACAAGGAGAUCUUCCUCAGGGAGCUCAUCUCCAACUCCUCGGAUGCUUUGGACAAAAUCCGCUAUGAGAGCCUUACCGACCCCUCCCAGUUGGAUACCGGCAAGGAGCUGAAAAUUGAAAUCAUCCCCAACAAAGAAGAGCGCACCCUCACCCUGGUCGAUACGGGUAUC